UAUUGCCUCAUUGACAUGCUGUUUGGGGAUUUCUUCAUCUCAUUAUCUUGCAAGACAACAAUAUUAGCUCCUACCAUCUGCUUCUCCCGCAACCUUGCUGCAUCGCUUAUUCAUCUACAUAUCUGGCUGUUUAUUGUCUUUGAUGCUGCAACCAGCUAAUUUAUCUCUUGAUUUCCCACUCCAACAGCUCCUAUUAUCUGCCUCUCCGGCAACCUUGCUGCAUCGCUGCGCCGGUACCUACAACGCUGGCUCCUUCAACGCUGCUUCUAACUUCUUCAUGUUUGUUUCAACCUCUGAUCCAGAAGCACUUUCAAUUGCUUGUUUAUUUUUUACUUAGAUUGUCAUUCCAUCACCGUGUGCUCGUCUUCCAAUUUAUUGACGCCCAAAAAAAGAGAGAGGGGAGCUUUUAUUUUCCUCUAGAAACACCCCUUAAACUUCUGUUUCACUCUGUUUCCCAGAGUUUGUAUUUCUGCACCCAAAAUCAGUGCAAACACUUCCCUCCGUAGUCACCCCACCCCCUCCUCCAAAAAAAAAGCGUACAAUCCGAUGGCAGAAGUGGCGAUAGCUAUAGCUGGCUUAAGAUUGGCUGCAUUGCCGGUCUUGAAGAAGCUCCAUGCUAAUGCUUCAACGUACCUUGGAGUGAACAUGACGCAUGAGCUCCAUGAACUAGAGACAACUAUCAUGCCGCAAAUCGAGCUUGUGAUUGAAGCAGCAGACAAGGGAAACCACAGGUCCAAGGUUGACAAAUGGCUUCAGGAACUCAAAGAAGCCUUGUACAUGGCUGAAGACUUGCUGGAAGAUCAUGAGUACAACCACCUCGAGAGCCAAGCAAAGGGAAAGGAUUCAUUGCUGGCCAAUGCCUCGUCCAUCAGUAGCACUUUUAUGAAGCCUUUACGUGCUGCAUCGAGCAGUCUGUCCAAUCUGAGCUCAGAGAACAGAAAGCUAAUUCGCCAUCUGAAGGAACUGAAGGUUACACUCGCGAAAGCCAAGGACUUCCGUCAACUACUCUGCUUACCAACUGGUUAUAAUGCAGCAAGCCCCGCCAUACCACCAGCUGUUGUUCCUGAGACCACAUCAUUACCACCUUUGAAAGUGAUUGGUCGUGACAAUGAUUGCAAUCGUAUAAUAGAUCUUCUUACCAAGACAACUGCUACUACUGAUUCUAGUACAACUAUGUACUCGGGUUUGGCCAUUGUUGGGGCUGGAGGCAUGGGAAAGUCCACCUUGGCACAACUUGUUUAUAAUGACAGGAGGGUAAAAGAAUAUUUUGGUGUGACAAUGUGGGUAAGCAUCUCACGCAAACUUGAUGUGCGUCGUCAUACACGGGAGAUCAUCGAGUCAGCCUCUCAGGGGGAAUGCCCACACAUUGAUAACCUUGAUACUCUGCAGCACAAGUUGACAGACAUACUGCAAACAACAGGGAAAUUUCUUCUUGUGUUAGAUGAUGUUUGGUUUGAACCUGGCAGUGAGAGUGAUUGGGACCAAUUGUUAGCUCCUCUAGUUUCCCAACAGAAGGGAAGCAAAGUUAUUGUAACUUCUCGACAAGAUUCAUUUCCUGUUGCUCUUUGUUGUGAAGAAGUGUGUCCUCUGGAAAACAUGGAAGAUGCUCAGUUCUUGGCACUCUUCAAACACCAUGCAUUCUCUGGACCGAAAAUCAGAAAUCUGCAGUUGCGUGAAAGGCUGGAAGAUUUUGCAGAGAAGAUUGCUAAAAGGCUUGGCCAAUCUCCUUUGGUGGCAAAAGUUGUGGGUUCCCAGUUGAAAGGUAAAACAGAUAUCACGGCAUGGAAGGAUGCUCUAACCAUACAGAUUGACAAAUUAAAUGAGCCCAUGAGAGCUUUGUUGUGGAGUUAUGAGAAGUUAGAUCCAUGUUUGCAGAGGUGCUUCCUUUAUUGCAGCUUGUUUCCAAAAGGCUACAAAUAUGUCAUUGAUGAGUUGGUUCAUCUUUGGAUGGCAGAGAGCCUUGUUGAUUCGUGCAACCAAAACAAGAGAGUGGAAGAUAUUGGGAGGGAUUGCUUUAAGGAGAUGAUCUCUGUUUCAUUCUUUCAACUAGUUGAUGAGAAAUACACUGACACACACUAUGUUAUGCAUGAUUUCCUUCAUGAUCUGGCUGAAUCUCUCUCCAGAGAAGACUACUUCAGACUGGAAGAUGAUAAGGUGACAGAAAUACCAACCACUGUCCGGCAUCUAUCUGUUCGUGUUGUUAGUAUGAAGCAACACAAGCAAAGUAUCUGCAAGCUACAUCAUUUACGCACUAUUAUCUGCUUAGACCCCCUGAUGGAUGAUGUAAGUGACCUUUUUGAUCAGAUACUACAGAAUUUGAAGAAUUUGCGUGUAUUAUGUUUGUCAUCUUACAGCAGCAGUAAGUUGCCAGAAUCUGUUGGUGAGUUGAAGCACCUUCGGUAUUUGAACAUCAUCAGAACACUAAUUUCUGAAUUGCCAAGAUCACUGUGUACUCUUUACCACUUGCAACUACUUCUGUUAAAUGACAAAGUUGAGGUUUUCCCAGAGAAAUUUUGCAAUUUAAGGAAGUUACGGCAUAUUGAACGACAUGAUUAUAGAAUAUACACGUCAUACAAGAAGUCAAUCCCUCAAAUUUGUAACAUUGGCAAGCUAACUUCGCUUCAAGAAUUAGAGGAUUUUUUUGUGCAAAAGAAAAAGGGAUAUGAGUUGCAACAACUGAGGGACAUGAAUGAGAUUCGUGGUAGUUUGAGUGUCACAAAUCUUGAGAAUGUCAUUGGAAAGGAUCAAGCCUUAGAAUCGAAGCUGCAUAAGAAAAGUCAUCUUGGCAGCUUGCGACUUGAAUGGUGUUGUCAGAAUAACACCAAUGCAGAGGACAGCUUACAUUUGGAGAUUCUAGAAGGCCUGAUGCCACCACCUCAACUUGGGGAUCUUACAAUUGACGGUUACAAAUCUUCAGUAUACCCAGGUUGGUUACUUGAUGGUUUGUAUUUUGAAAAUAUGAGGUCUUUAAGCUUUGUGAAUUGCAGUGCAAUACAAAGUCUACCAUCUAACACUGAGCUAUUUGGGAGCUGCUCUGCACUUUGCCUCGACAAUGUUCCAAACUUGAGGACAUUACCUUGUCUUCCACUGGGCCUUAAAGUGUUAUCAGUAGACAAUUGCCCACUGCUUAUAUUUAUUUCCAACGAUGAGCCGGAACAUCAUGAUCAGAUAGAGAAUAUCAUGUGGAAAGAGCACUUGGCAUCACAACUUGGUUUAAUCUGGGAGGUGGAUUCAGGAUCACAUAUUAGGAGUGUGCUCUCAUCAGAACAUUCAUUACUGAAGCAGCUGGUCAUAUUGAUGCAUGCUGAUGUGUCACACGUUCAAAACCUUGAAUGUGCUCUUGAAGGAAAGAAAGAUGAAGCAUUGGUGAAAGAGGAUAUCAUCAAGGCAUGGAUAUACUGUCACGAGCAAAGGAUAGGACUCACGUAUGGAAGGAGCAUUGGGCUGCCGCUGGUUCCACCAUCUGGACUUCAUGAACUUUUUCUUUCUUCAUGCAGUAUUACAGAUGGAGCUUUAGCUGUUUGCCUUGAUGGCCUGGCUUCAUUGAACAGGUUCAUCUUAGAAGAGAUUAUGAAUUUAACUACACUUCCUUCUGAAGAGGUCCUCCAACAUUUGACAAAACUUGAAUUUUUGUUCAUCAAACAUUGCUGGUGUCUCAGGUCAUUAGGGGGUUUACGAGCUGCUACCUCUCUUUCAGAUGUUAGAUUGAGUUCCUGCCCUUCUUUAGAGUUGGAACGUGGAGCAGAAUGUUUGCCGGUAUCCAUUGAGAAGCUCUGUAUAUUUAAUUGUGUGCUUGGAGCUGAAUUCCUCUGCACCAACUGGCCAAAGAUGAAUAAAAUUCUCAUAAGUGAGUGCAGAAGCACUGCAUGCUUAUCAGUUGGUAGUCUCACCUCUGUUGAAUCACUCUCACUGUAUCACUUGCCAGAUUUAUGUAUGCUCGAAGGAUUGUCUUCCCUGGGACUUCACCAUGCACAUUUGAUUGAUGUUCCGAAACUCAAUGCUGAGUGUAUCUCACAGUUUCAAGUCCAGGACUCACUCUAUGUUAGCAGCCCUGUAAUACUCAACAACAUGCUCUCGGCAGAAGGUAUUGCAGUUCCAGCAUUUCUCUCUCUUCAAGGAUGCAAGGAGCCAUUUGUUUCAUUCGAAGAAUCCGCAAACUUCACAUCAGUCAAGACCCUGAGAUUCUGUGAUUGUCUAAUGACUUCCCUGCCAACAAAUAUGAAGUGCUUCUCCAGUCUGAGGAAGCUUGACAUCUAUGAUUGCCCCAACAUAUCAUCUUUACCAGACCUGCCAUCCUCCCUCCAGCACAUAUGUGUAUGGCGUUGUGAGCUCUUGAAGGAGAGCUGCCGGGCACCUGAUGGAGAAAGUUGGCCAAAGAUCGCGCAUAUCCGCUGGAAGGAAUUUAGAGUGUGAUCUAGAUUCCUGGCUACAAAUAAACGGAAAGGCCCUCCAGCAACCUCUUAUGAGGUUGAGUGCUUCAGGCCAAACUGUCUUCUAAUCCAUGGGCCGGUGUUGAUCCCCUCGGUCUGUCUGUUUCCUUCUUUGCUGCCGAUUGCUUCACGCAUUUCCCUCUGCCACUCCACCACCUCCUGCCCUCUGUUGCCACUGUCACUGACGAUGUUUUUUGUAAUCGUGGUGUUGGUUUAUUGUCUUCUUCAUGCUAUUAUUAUCCGUCAGUUGUUGUUGUCCUGUUUUGCUACCCUCUCCUGGAGUCUGCCGUACUUUUGGUAUGCACGGAUUGUAAUAUUUCUCUUUUGUGUGCUCUUACGUACCAUGUAACUGGAGUUGUCUUUUAUCAUCCACCCCUGCAAUGAGAUAUUCGAUGUACUGCAGUACUUGAGAGCUAGUACAUACU